CCCGGUGCGUUUCAGUAGGGGCCCCGGGACGUUGUCGAUAAGUACCGGUACAAUACGACGACGACGACGACGACGACAACGAUGACGACGACGACGAUGACGACGAAGAGGGUUGCCGCGGUCUUCUUCGGUUUACUCGUGGCCGUCGCGUGCCACUCCGACGGCGGUGCAGAUCGACCGGGAUCGCGGUGCGCGCGCGACGUGGACAAGGAAGACGGCGGCCGGACGGAGACGCGGCCCGAAAAAAGCGCACGAGACGAGUCGGAUCCGAACCAGUCGAAAAUACCGUCGCUGAUGGACUCGUCGGAUUCCGACCGAGGGCUGCUGUCACCGCAAGACAUCGAUCUCGGCGACCAGUGUUUUCCCAAGCCCAAGUGCAAUCCCGACGCUCGGUUCCGGUCCACCGACGGCGGCUGCAACAACCUGAUAUUCCCGGUAUGGGGGCAGUCGAACACGGCGAGCACGCGCAUCGUCCAGGCGGACUACUCGGACGGCAGGGACGAGCCGAGGAAAGCCGCGUCCGGUCGCGACCUGCCGAACGCCAGGCACGUGCGAACCACUCUGUUCAAAGACAUGGACCGACCGGCUCCCAAGCAUAAUCUGUACGUCAUGCAAUUCGGUCAAAUGAUCGCGCACGACACGGAACUGACGAUAUCCAAAACUUCCAGUAAUGGAAAAGCAUUAGCGUGUUGCAAUCCAGAUGGUUCUGCUCCAGAAGUCCUGCCGAAAGAAUGUCUUAAAAUUAUGACCCCUAAAGACGAUCCAGAUUCCAAAAAUCGAUGUUUAUCCACUCAGCGAGCAUCGGACACCGCAGACAUUGGUUGUCAAAUCAAACCAGUCAGAAAACGAAUCGGAGUCACCAGUUUUAUCGACGCUUCUUUGUUAUACGGUUCAGACGAUAAGACGGCACGUUCUUUGCGAACUUUCACUAACGGCAGACUCAGAAGUCAAGUGGGAGAAGACGGAAAUUCAUACUUACCCAAUGUGAAAAAUUCAACUCAGUCUUGUAACGUGGCUAAAGAUAACACAGUUUGCUACGUUUCCGGAGAUUUAAGAGUAAACCAACAUCCAGAUAUGUCAGUUCAAACAAUCUCCAUGCUAAGACUGCAUAACACUUUAUGCGAUCAAUUAAAAAUAAUAAAUCCAACAUGGAACGAUGAGCGAAUUUAUCAAGAAGCCAGAAGAUUACUCAUUGCAAUGUAUCAGCAUGUUACUUAUAACGAAUUUGUUCCGAUACUAUUAGGGAAAGAUUAUUCCAGAGCAAACAAGUUACUACCAUUGAAAGAAGGAUAUGAUUUAAAUUAUAAUCAAUUUUUAAACCCAACUACUUUUACCAGUUUUACUGCUGCUGCCUUCAGAUCUCUUCAUAGCUACAUACAAGGAUUUAUAGAUUUGGUCAGUGAAGCCAGAUCAGUUACGUCGAAAAUGCGUCUAAGUGAUUUUUAUAUAAGAACUGACAUAGUGCAGAGAAAAGACAAUUACGAUAGCUUCUUAAGAGGAUUGCUUACUCAACACGCACAAGGACAAGAUCAAUUCUUCACAGAAGAGGUCAGUGAAUAUUUAUUUAGAAUCCCAAACAAAACAAUGGGUCUCGACUUGGUGUCUAUUGAUAUAGAACGAGGUAGAGAUUUUGGAUUGCCUUCUUAUAAUACGUACAGGAAACUGUGCGGACUGAGGGAAGCUAAAACCUUUGAUGAUUUGACCGAUCAAAUAGAUAAAAAGAAUGUCGACGUCUUAGCCAACCUCUAUGAAAACGUGAACGAUAUAGAUUAUUACCCAGCAGGUCUCUUGGAAAAGCCAAAACCUGGAGCCAUAUUAGGCCACACGUUCCAGUGCAUCAUCGGAGAAAUGUUUUUCAGGUGGAAGUUUGGUGAUCGAUUUUAUUACGAAUUCGGCAACCAGACCGGUACUUUUAGCUCAGAUCAACUUAAGGAAAUUAGAAAAACGACACUGGCUCUUAUUACGUGUAUGACAUCAAAUAUUCAGACUGUACAACGAAAUGCUUUUGAUGUGCCGAGUAAAUGUAAUCAGUUGGUAACUUGCAAGAGUAUACCAAAGUUGAAUUUGGAUGCUUGGAAAGAAGAAUAGUUAAAAUCAAACAGUAUUAUCAUAUAAUUGUCAUUAAAUGCAAAUUAUAUUGGUCAACCUCAUUAUAUUAAUUAAUGAAAUUGACUUAAUGCUUCAUUAUGCUUGUAUAAACAUUAUUUGCUUGUAAUUUAAAAGCGUAUCAUACUAAAACAUUAUCAUAUAAACUAUUCACAGUCACUGUAAAUGAAAACAAAAUAAAUUUUUUGCAAAAUUACAAAUA